GCUAAGUUAUCUGAUGUUUACCUUACCUAUGACCUAUGGAGCGCUUCGGCUUCCGUAAAGAAGUAUUGUCACUGUGACUACUGUAAGUAUCAGACAGAUCGACAAGGAAAAUUCUGUCAGCUGAGGAGAUGGCUCCAGAAAUUUUGUAAGAUCAAUAACAGAACAGAAGUAAUUACCACCAUCAGACAGCUCAGGUGUAACGUAAACGUUCUCCACAAUGAAUGUGACCAACAAAGUCAACCUCUGUAAAGUGGUGGAGAAAGUUAACAACUUCCUGUUACCUACCUCGAGUCGUUCUCAGUGCUUGCCAUUUUACGUGGGAAAUGGACAAGUAGGGAUCCUUCGACCGCAUGUUGUGUUGCUGUUGCAGGAGCACCCUGAAAUCUUCUCGGUCAGCAACACCGCUGUCCACCUGAACAAUAAGUAUGCAACCUGUGAGGAGAGGACGAAGGUGAUGAAAGAAUUUCUAGAGAGUGUCCGAGAGGCUGGAAAACUCAAUGAGGCGCUCAAAGGCUGGAGAAAUGAGUUCUACAGCAUUCGUCAUUCCAUGAGUGAGCCUGUUUUGUUCAAAAUGGAGCGAUCUGCUUGUAGUCCCUUUGGAGUGGUGACUUAUGGAUGUCACAUCAAUGGAUACACCUAUAAAAAUGGAGAGAUGAUGAUGUGGGUCGCAAAGAGGUCAUCAACCAAACAGACGUACCCCAACCUCCUAGACCAGUUUGUUGCUGGAGGACUGACUUCCGGUCUAGGAUUCCGAGAGUGCGCUGAGAAGGAGUGCCAGGAAGAAGCAUCCGUACCAGAGAUACACCUGAGGAAUCUAAAGUCCACAGGCACUGUCAGCUUCGUUCAUGAAGAUGAGAGGGGUGUUCAACCAGAAGUCGAGUUUAUCUUUGACCUGAAACUUCCCGAGGACUUUGUACCGGUGAAUGCUGAUGGUGAAGUUCAGGAAUUUAAACUUUAUCCUGUCUCCGAGUUACCAGGGAUGAUUGUUCAAGCUUCCUUCAAGCCAAACAGUGCUGCCAUAGUGUUGGACUUCUUAAUACGACACAACAUUAUUAAUCCUGAUAACGAGCCCUCCUACUGCUAUUUGGUAGAGAUGCUGCACUACCCAGUCCAGACAUUUUUUAAGAAGUUUCCCACAGAGUCCUGAAGAGAAGGCAUCAUUAUUAAUGGAUGCCUGGAGAACUCGAGCACGGCUCUCCUGAAUUAUAUCAAAUAAACGAGCUCUGUGACCUGUUUUAUGAAAGUAUCAAACUGUUAAAUUUCAUAUCUUUCAUUCACAAAAGGACCUAUGCCUUGCUCCCUGGAAGUCUGAACCCUCCAUGUUACGAGGGGAAUGUGUCUGCUAUGUGGGGUCUGAAUGAGUUGUAAAUAUACCAAGAUUUAGGAUUUCAAAGUUCAGUAAAUUUAGGUAAUAAAUGAGGAUUUGCUAAUAUGGAUUAUUAAACAAUAUUUUAUAUUUAUUUUAAUUGGAGUAAGUAUGUCUCUUCAACUGUGCAUUAUUUGUCCAGGAUGGUACGGGACUCUAGUCAAUUGGCUAUUUGGCGUAUUGUAUCAUCAUUGUGUAUUGUAUCAUUAAUUGGCUAUUUGGCGUAUUGUAUCAUCAUUGUGUAUUGUAUCAUUAAUUGGCUAUUUGGUGUAUUGUAUCAUCAUUGUGUAUUGUAUCAUUAAUUGGCUAUUUGGCGUAUUGUAUCAUCAUAGUGUAUUGUAUCAUUAAUUGGCUAUUUGGCGUAUUGUAUCAUCAUUGUGUAUUGUAUCAUUAAUUGGCUAUUUGGCGUAUUGUAUCAUCAUUGUGUAUUGUAUCAUUAAUUGGCUAUUUGGUGUAUUGUAUUGUCAUUGUGUAUUGUAUCAUUAAUUGGCUAUUUGGUGUAUUGUACCGUCAGUGUACAAACAGCUUAUGAUUUGUUAAAGUUGCAGUGUUUGUUAUCAGAUUUAUUGGGUACUUGUACUUGCUAAUGGUGUUGUUGGAGGAAUUCUGAUGGAGGCUUGCAGUAAUCUGUUUGACAUUUUUCUUUGCAAUUGUUUAUGAUUAUUAUUUUUAAAUGUUGUAAAUGAUGAGCGAUUUCAAAACAUAAAAAAUGUGCCCAACUUGUCAUUUUAAGUUUAUAGAUGGAAAUAGCAUAUGCGUGCAUGUGGUCUUUCCCUUCCUUUAUUUACUGAUAAAUAUUCUACAUUAAAUUUAAUGUACAUUUCA